AUGGACGGAUUCGAUGCUUCUCAAGCCCCUCCUGAGUACUUGGCCGUGAAGCCGCUGGCGGAUUUAUUCGUCCUCGGCAUGGGACUAGGGUGGGUGAUCAACUACGUCGGGAUGGUCUACGUAUCAUUCAAGGAAAGGACCUACGGAAUGGCCAUCAUGCCCCUGUGUUGCAACAUCGCCUGGGAGGUCGUCUACUCCCUGAUCUAUCCCUCCAAGAGCCUGGUGGAGCGGGGGGUGUUCGCGGCGGGCCUCCUCAUCAAUUUGGGCGUCAUGUACGCCGCUAUUAGCUUUUCACCCCAGGAGUGGAGCCAUGCGCCGCUGGUGGAGCGGAAUCUCCCCUGGAUCUUUGCUCUCGGGACAAUCGGCUUCCUCACGGGACAUCUCGCUCUCGCCGCCGAGAUUGGCCAUUCACUAGCCUACUCAUGGGGCGCGGUCGUAUGCCAGCUUCUGCUCAGCAUUGGCGGACUAUGUCAGCUCCUCUGUCGGAGCAGCACUCGUGGUGCUUCUUACACAUUGUGGCUUUCCCGGUUCUUGGGCUCGUGUUGCACGGUUGGGUUCGCGAGUUUACGUUGGAUGUACUGGCCGGAAUCUUUUGCCUGGCUCAAUAGUCCCCUGGUGCUGUGGAGCCUAGCUGUUUUCGUGAUGGUUGAUGGAUCUUAUGGAGUAUGCUACUGGUAUGUCAAAGGCUAUGAAAAGAGCGUCGGCAUUGUACGGGCACGAAAGAUCACAUAA